GAAAUACCAUUGAAUCGCAAAAAUUACAUCUGCGAGAGGGUUCCGUCCGAUUUCUCACCCCUGUUGUUGAAAUAAACUAAUCGAGGAAAAAAAAUGGGAGGUGGAUUUAGAGUGCUCCAUCUGGUUCGGCCCUUCCUUUCGUUUCUGCCCGAGGUUCAGACCGCAGACAGGAAAAUUCCAUUCAGAGAGAAGGUUAUAUACACUGUGAUUUCCCUGUUCAUUUUCUUGGUGUGCAGUCAGCUGCCGUUAUAUGGCAUCCACUCAACAACCGGUGCAGAUCCGUUCUAUUGGAUGCGAGUUAUCCUCGCCUCAAACAGGGGAACUGUGAUGGAGCUUGGAAUCACCCCAAUAGUGACAUCUGGGCUGGUUAUGCAGCUUUUGGCGGGGUCGAAGAUCAUUGAAGUUGACAACAACGUGCGCGAGGAUCGAGCCCUUCUAAACGGAGCACAGAAGUUGUUGGGCAUCUUGAUAGCAGUUGGUGAGGCGGUUGCGUAUGUUCUUUCAGGAAUGUAUGGCAGUGUUGGCCAACUUGGAGUUGGGAAUGCAAUCCUUAUAAUUUUGCAACUCUGCUUUGCCGGGAUUAUCGUGAUUUGCCUGGACGAACUUCUCCAGAAAGGAUAUGGUUUGGGCUCUGGUAUUUCACUCUUCAUUGCAACCAACAUCUGUGAAAACAUCAUCUGGAAAGCAUUUAGCCCAACCACCAUCAACAGUGGGCGUGGAGCUGAAUUCGAAGGUGCCGUUAUUGCUUUGUUCCAUUUACUGAUAACUCGGACAGACAAGGUUCGUGCUCUUCGAGAGGCAUUUUACAGACAGAAUCUUCCCAAUGUUACAAACUUGCUUGCCACUGUCUUGGUCUUCCUUAUCGUCAUUUACUUCCAAGGAUUCCGUGUUGUUUUGCCCGUGAGGUCGAAGAAUGCUCGUGGUCAACAGGGUUCAUAUCCGAUCAAGUUGUUCUACACUUCCAACAUGCCCAUUAUCUUGCAAUCUGCACUUGUCUCCAAUCUUUACUUUAUUUCCCAGUUGCUUCAUAGGCGAUACAGUGGAAAUUUUCUUGUGAACCUUUUGGGAAAAUGGAAGGAAUCUGAAUACUCUGGUCAAUCUAUCCCUGUCGGUGGUCUGGCUUAUUACAUAACUGCACCAUCCAGUUUGUCAGAUAUAUUGGCCAAUCCUUUCCAUGGACUAUUUUAUAUCGUGUUUAUGCUAUCCGCAUGUGCCUUGUUCUCAAAGACAUGGAUUGAGGUCUCGGGAUCCUCUGCUAAAGAUGUGGCUAAGCAGCUGAAGGAACAACAAAUGGUGAUGCCUGGGCAUAGAGAAUCGAACUUACAGAAGGAGCUGAACCGCUACAUCCCCACCGCAGCAGCUUUCGGCGGCAUGUGCAUCGGUGCACUAACGGUGUUGGCCGAUCUUAUGGGUGCUAUUGGUUCCGGCACUGGAAUUCUAUUGGCCGUGACUAUCAUAUAUCAGUAUUUCGAGACGUUCGAGAAGGAAAAAGCAAGCGAGCUCGGUUUCUUUGGUUUCUGAAAAACAGUGCAGCAAAACUCUCUUAUUUAGCUAAUAGAUUUAUGGUUUAGCAAAACAAUGCCUCUUAAAACUUUAUUUCAAUUUUGGUAUGUUGAGGAAUGUAGAGAGAAAAAGAAUAUUCCCUGUUUAUGUUGACACAUCUUGGAAAUGAAGUUCCUAAUGGAAGAUUGUAGUUUUAGUUUUAAAUUA